AUGGGUCGACGGGACAACGACGACGACAAGCCCACCGGCCUCGAGGCCAUGCGGCGACGCUCCUCCAGCAAUCGCUCCAGCCCCAGCGGAUUGAAUCGCAGAAUCAGCAGCCAGAGCACCCGCACCACCAGCAGCACCACCAGGCGAGAAAGCCUCGCCGGAUCCGAGACGCCGCCGCCGCUCAUGCGGUCCAGCCCCAGCGUCGGCUCCUCCAGCUACGGGUUUUCGGCGGGAAGCAGCGUGCUGAGCCCCCUGCGAAGGGAGGUCGACUUUACUCGCAGCCGUGACGGAGGCGACAUUAGGGCCGGCAAGCUGGAGCUGGCUAGGCGCUUGAGCAUGCUCGCCCAGCGCCUGACGUACGGCGACAGCAUGGAGGAGCUGGUCGCGCUCGACAGCCAAGUCAAUCAAAUUGAGCAGGCCCUGGGCGGCGGCAUCAGCCCGAGUGUCUAUGGGAGCCCGCCGCUGUCGCGAAAGACCCGUCCGCUGAGUCUGGAGACGCCUGUCCGCAAGAACAGGCACAGUGACAUGGACGGCAGCGCCAUUUUCAGCUCACCGUCGUCUCUGUUCCGAACCCGCUUCGCCGACCAAUUGUCCCCCACUCCCUCAUCCCCCAUGAUGCGUCACGAUGAAUCGGAUGAGGAGGAUGCUCCCCCGCCCAAGAAGGGAAUGACGGCGGUGCAAGCCAACAAGAUCAUUGGCGAGUUGGUCAAGCUGAAUGAAGAGCUGGAAAACACCGUCACCAAUCUCAAAGCCCGCCAAGAAGAGUCGGAACACAUUCAUAGGCUGUUAGUGGAUCGUGCUGAGCAGGCUGCCCAACGCAUCAUUUUUCUCCAGAACCGCAUCCAGUAUUUGGAAGAAGAGCUGCAAGAGAAUGAUGCCGAACUGACACAUCUCCGCGUCUGCCUCAAAGCAGUCGAGAUUCAGCUGCCACCACACCCAGACAAAGAACUGCAGCGAUGCUUUGCCGUCUUCAAAGAAGGCUAUAGGGCUAUUAAGAAGAAGCGCGCCAUGCGAUCUAAUAUGGUUAGCUACUUGGGUUACGAUUCUUCAAUAGCUGCCUCUUCGUCAGCGAGAUCAGCGAGAUGA